GACAAUCGUUUCUGUCAAUAAGGCGGCGAUCAUGCAAGCAGAAAACUGAAGAGAGGAGAGCACAACAAACUGUUCAAGUUGAAUGACAACACCGAAAACGAGUUUCCUGAUAUUGUUGCUCAGCAUAUCCAGCUCAGUCGAUUUCGAAACUAUUGAAAUGAUUCUUGAGUUUUGUUUGUGACUCUUGUUCUUGACUUAAAGUAACCUGACUUUUAAAGAUGGCCCACAUGAAGAUCGUCGUUUAUUCUAACAAUUGUUUGUGGGAACAACUAAUCGUCGGUUAUGAUACGAUUGUGAACAAAGUGACAGAAAUGAAGAGACGAGAGGACUUUGGUGAUGGUGACAAUGACAUAGGAGGUUUUGAAAUAGUAAGUCACCGAGACCUGGUGAUUCAGUCAGAUGGAGAUCAAGUUGCCAAAAAGCAUCGAACAAAAUUUUCUCUCUCCUUGAAUUCUCUAAUAUUUUCAUAUUUUGUAAAAGUACUCCAAUGCUCAGGGCAAUUCCGAAUUUGUGUUCUUGAUUAUUGGUUAAAUAAAAUGAAAUAUCACAUUCCAAAUUGCAAAAAUUUAACAUUGAAAGUCACUUUAGUAGAACCUCCUAAUCAAGUUUUAGACUACAAUUGGUGUCAUCGAAUCAAUUAUAUGGUCAUGGAACGCAGUGAGCUGGAUAACGCCAUGUCAUGGCUUUCAACUCUUGGUGGUGCUUAUUCUGCUCUUGGUGAUCAUUUUAGUCAUUGUGCUGAAAUGGCGGGAAGAAUAUCUAUUCGCCAGUUUCAACUUGCUCUGCGGCUUGGUGAUCCAAGUACUGUGGCACGCUGCAAAUUAUACAUUGCUCUUAGCUUAAUUCAAAACUACAGAUUCAAACCAGCACAACAUAUAAUAGAGACACAGUAUCAUUUGGCUAUGGAUUCGGCAAGUCCCGAUACUCGACUUAUUAGAAUGUGUCGUGGUAUAUGGAGCAAACUUCGCUAUGAGCGUUCACAAUACCUCAAGAGGACUAAAGUCUGAACUUACAUUAUAGGCAGCAGCAACCCAUCUGUCCAACUAGACCAUUCAUUUCUGAUGUGUUAUGUUAUGUUGAAAUUGUUGAGUAAAUGAAUUGUAGAAGUACACUGAGAAUAAUGAGUAUGUGAUAAUUAUAUUGUUUUUAUUCA